AUGCCAUUUUUAUUCAAAAAUAUAAGACUAAUUGAAUAUGAAUAUUCCAAUGCCAGUGAUUUUGAUGUUGUCAGUAAAGUAGUACCAAACUCCUUUUAUACAAUUCCAAGUCAUUGGGAUAAAUAUAGAAAUUUAAAGAGAGAGGCUUAUUGGGGACAGCAACAACAUGUUUCAUCAGGAUUUAGAAUUUAUGAUGUGGAAUCUACAAUAGUUGAUAAGGUUUGCCUUUUCAAUUUUUUAACCUCAAAAGGAUGUGAAAUUAGUGGUGAUGUUAAUGAAUGGUUAAUGAAUAAAUUACUGGAACAAGUGAUUGCAGAGAAAGAAACAGAGAAGUUGAAAGCAGAAAUUAGAAAAAUUCAAGAUCGAAAUAUUCAUGUAGAGGUUUCAAAUAAACCAAUAAUUACUGGUACUUCUAGUAAACAAGGCUCGACAGAAGAAACAAAUAAACCAAUACGAAAAGAUAGAGAAAAAAAACAAAUUAAUGUCAGCUCUUCUUUCGGAUUGGUAUGUUCUAAUUGUGAGCAAAAUUUUGUUCAACCUAGAAAGUCCCGUAGGUCAACAAAAAAUUUGUCACAAUUAACUUCUCAAUCAAGAAAGGCUAAUGGAGAGAGAUUAUAUUUUGGUGUGGAUGAAUUAUUACAAUCCAAUGGCCAAACAAUGAAUGAUUUUAUUGAUUAUUUGUUUGAAAGAGAUAGUGAACUAAUAUUUAGGAAAUUGCAGGAGAGGUCACAAAAUUCAAAAGACCUUAAUGAAAUAAUAAUGAAAAUUUCAAACAAAGAUUUAUUAUCUAAUUAUGAUGCCACUAGCUCUGUAUAUUUUACAGAUAAGAAUUUAUUAUCAGAUGGAUUAUAUGAUGAAAUAGUUAAAUUUUACAAUUUACAGAACAUAAUGAUUUCUGUAAAUGAGCUUGCUGAUAGGAGAGGUGAAAUUGAUUUGGAAAUAAUUGAUAGAUACAAGAUCACAUCUGAUUCUAAUGGAAUACAUCUUGAUCCUGGCUUGGUUUUAAAUGAUGCUCUUAUAAUGUUAGAAAACGAAGAUAUUUCCAUACCAGAGAAAUUAGAAUUGAAAUUAUUUUGGGAUGGAAGAGCUGGAGGGGAGGUUGUUUGUUGCUUUGUAAUUUUAAAUUCUGAACUUUCCACUCAGUGUAGGAACAAUGUAUUCAUUACUGAUAUGUAUAAGGGGAAAGAAACAAAAGCUAAUGUUUUCUGCUAUUUUCAAAAAACCAUGACAUAUUUUAAUGAUUUAAAGACUAUAACAUACAAAUCAGAAAAAACAGGACAAUCAAAAGAUAUUCCUUGCACAAUGUACGUAUGUACGGAUUUAAGUGCAUUAUGGAAGAUUUCUGACAUCAAACGAAACUUUGUGUGUCCAUAUUGUCCCUGUGUAUAUGAUGAUAGAAUGGAGAAGGAUUUUGCUUUUGCUCCCCCAGCUCAUUAUUUUCAAAAAUUUCCAAAUUUAUUCACCAAUGUAGUUAUUGACAUACUUCAUGCAAAAUUGAGAAUUGUUGGCUGUUUGUUAUCCCUUCAAAUUUCUAAGAUGACAGUGUCAGGAAUUAAAUCCCUCGAAGCUAAAAUUCAGAAAUUGAAGGGAAUGUCUCAAUUUCAAUUUAGAAAGAAACAACCUGCCACAACACUUGCUCUACAAGCGACAAAUGACAAAAUUGAAUUAGAAGUUCCUUAUAUGAAUGCAGAUCAAGCUGAUAUGAUUUUGUUAAAUUAUGAAUCAAUUAUGAUGGAAUCAUUAUCGGAUACCCAAUUUAAUGAUAAUGAUUUUAAAGUGUGGUCAUCACUUAGAUUCAUAAUAUAUCAUUACCUUGAAGCCAGUCAAGGGCUAUUGGAUUUGAAUUUUAAGAAAGAAGAAUUGAAAGAGUAUUUGAGUUUCACUAAAAAGGUUUUAAGAGAAGCCUUUCCAAAUGAUCAACUUGCUUACUAUAUUAAUAUUAUUUUGUAUCAUUUACCGGAUCUUUUGGAAAAGUAUGGAAGCUUAACAAAAUAUAUGAAUCAAGGAUGUGAAGCAUAUCAUUCCCUUGGUAGAAUGAUAGGUCAAAGAAAAUCAAAUCAUAAAGGUAAAUUCAAUUUACCUUCCUUUGCAGAAUCUAUUUUGCUUCCUACACGUACGUUAUACAUGUCCUCCAAGUUCAAAAAGAAAUGGCACGGAUUGAAAACAAAUCCUAAUAUGCAGAUUAGUUCAGAAUGGCAAACAACAUUGGCAACUUUAAAACAAGAUUUCGAGAAACUGAAAUCAUGUUCUGAAAGUUUGUCAGAUUUUAGUGAAGAAAAGAAAAAUUCUGUAUAUUGCCAUGUUCAAAAGAAUAUUUGGAAAAAAAUAGUUAUUGAGAACGAACCACCUGAAGCUGAUGAAUCAGAUUCAGAAGGCAAUAAGGAAGACAACAACAAAAUUAAGAAGAAUAAUACGGUUAGAAGAAAAAUUAAAAAGAGAAUUCAGACAAAACUCAAAGAAAGGAAUGUUGAUUUAAAUGGAACAGAAUUCAGAAGUUCGUGUGACUCAUGUGUUAAGUUGAAAAUUAGAUGCAAUAGUGGAAAGCCUUGUAUUCAUUGUAAACGUUUAAAUAAGGAAUGUGUUUAUUCCACAAAACAAAAAUGUGGAAGGAAGAAACGAAUUCAACAAGAGGCUAAUAUUGAAGAUGAUAUAAGUUUAAGAAAGGAAACAAGAACAUCCAGUUCAAUAUCUGAAUCUUCACCUAACUCAAUAAUUGUUAGCCAAGAUAAUCCACAUUCAAUCGGAUCUUUUGAUAAUUUUUUAGAGGAAGACGAUAUUUGGAAUUUAAAUAGUCUUCCAUGCAAUGAGGAACCCAUUGGUCAAAAUGAUUAUGAUUUCAUGCAUGAUUUCUUUUGUGAAGACCUAUUUAUGAAUUCAACACAAGACAAUUAA